AUGAUGUGGCUGAGGCAGUGAAAACUCUGAGAGAAAGUGGCAUUUGUAUUAUGGUCUUGGGCCUAGGAAAUGUCCAUAAGGAACGGCUCCUGCCGAUAACGGGAAAUUCUGAAAAAAUUAUUACUUUUCAAGACUUUGAUAAAUUAAAGAAUGUGGAUGUGAAGAAAAGAAUGGUCCGUGAAAUCUGCCAGAGUUGUGGCAAAACCAACUGCUUUCUGGACAUUGUGGUCGGCUUCGACAUUUCCACUCACCGGCAGGGGCAGCUGUUGUUUCACGGCCACCCCCGGCUGGAAUCAUAUCUCCCAGGCAUCUUAGAGGACAUCACCUCCAUCAGGGGCGUGAGUUGUGGGGCAGGAGCAGAGGUGCAGGUGAGCGUGGCCUUCAAAGUGAACAGUGACCAGAAUUUCCCCACCAAGUUCCACAUCUACAAGAAAACAGUAUUUGACAGGCUACUGAAACUCACCGUCAAUGGAUCAACUCACCUGAAUGCACAGUUCCUGCAGUCCAUGUGGGCCACGUUUAAGGACACAUCUGCAUCCCGAGGACAGGUGCUACUCAUCUUUUCAGAUGGCCUUGGGGGUGAAAGCGAAGUAAUGCUUGAAGAUCAGUCGGACAGGCUCAGAAAAGCAGGGCUUGAUGCUCUGCUGGUGGUGUCCUUAAAUGCACCCAUUCAUAAUGAGUUUUCCAGCUUUGAAUUUGGAAAAGGAUUUGACUACAGGACUCCAUUGACCAUUGGGACCAGAGAACUGGGCAAAAUGCUAUCACAGUAUCUGGGUAACAUUGCAGAAAGGACUUGCUGCUGUACAUUUUGCAAGUGUUCAGGGACUCCAGGCGCUCCAGGGAUCCGAGGACCACAAGCAUUGAAGGGUUUUCAAGGUCUGAAAGGCAGCAGAGGGCACAGGGGAGAGGAUGGAGACCCUGGCAUACGAGGAGACACUGGACCCCAAGGAAGUAGAGGGAUCAUAGGAUGUCCAGGGGAGCGAGGACUGAAGGGAGCCAAAGGAUUUUCUGGAUAUAAGGGAGAACAUGGAGAUGAUGGGAUUGAUGGACUCAAUGGGGAAGAGGGCUUUCAUGGGUUUCCUGGAAAAAAAGGAGAAAAAGGUGAUCAAGGAUCCCAGGGCAGCCCAGGUUCCAGAGGCCCCCCUGGGGGAUAUGGGGAGAAGGGCUUUCCAGGAGAUCCUGGUAAUCCAGGACAAAACAAUAACAUCAAAGGACAAAAGGGCUCCAAAGGAGAACAAGGAAGACAAGGUAAAACUGGCCAGAAAGGAACACAAGGCAGUCCUAGUCCCAAAGGAAGCAGGGGAAGAGAAGGCCAGAGGGGGGUCCAGGGGCCCUCGGGAGAACCAGGGAACCCUGGACCUGAAGGUGCACCAGGAACCGAAGGAUUCAUAGGGCUCCAGGGGCUACAUGGACUUCCUGGCAGAAAAGGAGAGAAAGGAAGAGAGGGGCACAAAGGACCUCAGGGUGCUCCUGGGCCAGCAGGAGAUAAAGGGAGUGUUGGAAGGCCUGGCCUUUUGGGGAAAAAGGGAGAGUCUGGAAUUCCUGGAGACCCAGGGCCAGUGGGUCCAACUGGACAGAGAGGAAAGCAGGGUGAUUAUGGCAUCCCAGGCUAUGGUCGUGUGGGAAAAAAAGGAGUAAAGGGCCCAAGAGGAUUCCCUGGAGAUAUGGGGCAAAAGGGAGAUGUUGGUGAUCCUGGAAUUCCUGGGGGGCCUGGACCCAAAGGAUUUAGAGGAUUAACAGUCACUGUAGGCUUGAAAGGUGAAGAAGGCUCUAAAGGACCCCAAGGCCCUCCUGGACGGAGAGGCCCUAAAGGCAUGGCAGGGCAGCCAAUAUAUUCCCAAUGUGACCUAAUCCAGUUCAUGCGGAACCAUAGUCCUUGUUGGGAAGAAAAGUGUCCAGUGUAUCCAACGGAGCUAGUAUUUGCUCUGGACCAGUCCUACGAUAUCACAGAGCAGAGAUUUAAUGAAACGAGGGACAUCAUCACUUCUAUUGUCAAUGACCUUCACAUCUGGGAAAAUAACUGCCCUGUGGGAGCAAGAGUUGUCGUGGUUUCCUACAACUCAGGCACCAGCUACCUCAUCCGUGGGUCCGACUACCGUAGCAAGAAGCAGCUCCUUCAGCUUCUUUCCCAAAUAAAAUAUCAGAACUCCGGAGAAGUCCGAGAUAUGGGUAAUGCGAUGAGGUUUGUGGCCCGGAAUAUCUUCAAGCGGACAUUUUCAGGACCCAAUGUGCAGAGAGUUGCUGUGUUUUUUAGCAAUGGACAAGCUACCAGUAGUUCGUCCAUCAUCACAGCCACCAUGGAGUUUAGUGCCCUGGACAUCAGUCCUGCAGUCUUUGCUUUUAAUGAAAGAGUUUUCCUUGAUGAGGCUUUUGGGUUUGACAACACUGGGACAUUUCAAGUGCUUCCUGUUCCUCUAAAUGGAGAAUAUGAACCGUUAGAAAAACUUCGGCGCUGUACCCUUUGCUAUGAUAAAUGUUUUCCAAAUGCCUGCAGCAAAAAGAUUUCCUUACCUGAAGAUACAUAUAUGGAUGUAGCCUUUCUCUUAGAUAAUUCUCGGAAUAUAGCAAGUGAUGAGUUUAAGAAUGUGAAAGCCUUGGUGAGCUCAAUGCUUGAUAACUUUGACAUUGCUUCAUACCCUUUAAUCUCCGACUCUGGUGAUAGGAUUGCUUUGUUGAGCUAUUCUCCUUGGGAUAGGAGAAAGAAGGAUGCAAUAAAAACAGAGUUUGAGUUUACAACUUAUGACAAUCAAGUUCUAAUGAAGAACCACAUUCAGAAUGACCUCCAACAGCUAAAUGGAGAAGCCACCAUUGGCCAUGCCCUACUGUGGACCAUGGAGAAUCUCUUCCCAGGAACACCCAACCUGAGAAAACACAGGGUCAUCUUUGUGGUCUCUGCUGGAGAAAACCAUGAGAGAAAGGAAUUCUUAAAGAAGAUGGCUCUGAGGGCCAAGUGUCAAGGCUAUGUCAUAUUUGUGAUUUCCCUGGGCUCUACACAAGAGGGGGACAUGGAGGAACUAGCCAGCUAUCCACUUGAUCACCAUCUGAUACAGCUUGGGAGAAUUCAUAAACCAAAUCUGGAUUAUAUUGUGAAGUUUUUAAAGCCAUUUGUAUACUCAGUUAGACGAGGAUUCAAUCAGUACCCACCACCAAUGCUUGAGAAUGCCUGCAGACUCAUUGAUUCAGAAGAGGAUAAUCAAAAUACUGGUCUCCUAUUUACCUCUGAGGCACAUGAGAUUUCUUCAGGAGAAGACAGCUUCUUAGGCCAGGAAUUAAGUGCUGCAAAAGAUUCACCUUUUGUGAUGGAGGACAGUGGAAGUGACCAUAUGAUUUAUACUCCAAGUCAAAAGAUUGUGCCACAGAAAUUAAUGACUAAAUAUGAAAAAUAUCAGGAUUCUGAAGUUAUUGCAAGUCUCACUUCUGAACAUGAGACUGGUGGCAGAAGAGAAGAACCAGGUCUUACUUCUGAACUUAGAGAUGCUUCUCUUCAAGAAUAUUACAUGGAUGUGGCUUUUCUCAUAGAUGCUUCUCGAAAAGUAGGAAAUGAUGAGUUUAAGGAAGUGAAAGCUUUUAUAUCCUCAGUGCUUGAUUACUUUCACCUGGCCCCAGAUCCACUAACCUCCACCUUGGGAGACAGAGUGGCUAUCCUGACCUACUCUCCUCCAGGCUAUAUGCCCAACACAGAAGAAUGUCCUGUCUACCUGGAAUUUGAUUUGGUUACUUAUAACAGUAUGCAGCAAAUGAAACAUCAUCUCCAAGACUCUCUUCAGCAGCUCAAUGGAGAUGUUUUCAUUGGCCAUGCUCUACAGUGGACAAUUGACAAUGUUUUUAUAGGAACCCCCAACCUGAGGAAAAACAAAGUUAUCUUUGUUAUAUCUGCUGGUGAAACCAAUCCUUUAGACAAGGAAGUCUUAAGAAAUGUAUCUCUGAGAGCCAAGUGUCAAGGAUACUCCAUAUUUGUGUUUUCCUUUGGUCCUCUACACAAUGACAAGGAAUUAGAACAAUUAGCCAGCCAACCACUGGACCAUCACUUAGUCCAGCUUGGCCGAACCCACAAGCCAGAUUUGAACUAUAUCAUCAAAUUUGUCAAGCCAUUUGUUCAUUCAGUCAGACGUGCCAUCAACAAAUAUCCCCCUGCAGAUCUGAGACCCAAGUGUGUUAACAUCACCUCUCCCAACCCAGAGAAUGAUGACACAGAAAACACUGUAUUCCUUCUUCCUGAGGUAUAUGAAAUAGAGACGGAGAACAGCGAGCCAUGGGGUGGAUUCGGUUCCCAGCAGCAGCAUUUAUUUGAAUUAGGGGACAGUCAUGGUAAUGGUUCUGGGAUCAUUGAUGAUUUGAUCCAGAAGUUAAGAACGAUCUUUUCAACUGGGGAACUGAUGAUGAAAGACGAGGAAGAGGCACAUUCAGAAGAAAUUACAGCUGCAGAAAAUGACAGACAAUAAGACAAGAAAGAUGGUGUGGACACAAGAAGUUCAUAGCAGAAAAGAACAUAGCUCCAUGGAUGUCUAAUUCCAUGUGGGUCUAACCAGGAAGUAUAAAUCAUGUAUUAGGGGUGGAGUGGUAAGUGGCAGGAAUUUUUCAUGAAAACAGUUAGCUAAUAAUAUGCCAAAUGUGUUCUGUUUCAAAUCUGAGGGAAAGACUUUUCUGAGUGAAGACAUCAAUGAGCAGACCCAAGAAACUAGGAAAGAUUUCAUUUCUCCUGAGAAUUGGGACAACUGACCUUGAAGAAUUAACUGACUCUUUUCUUUGACAACUCUGUAUGAGGCAUCAACUGUGAUGAUGUACCUGCCUAAAAAAUAUUUUUUGUCAUUAUUUUCAUCAUAUCUCAAACUGGACUCAAGUAAAAGCACUUAGAACUGGAAUUUCCUAAGAAUGUCUUCUGUCUGUUUAGAGAAAUAGAAACCCAUGCCCAUGUCUUCAUUUCUGGUAUGACCCUAAUGUUGCAUUUAGCACUGUAAAACCCAUCUGUCCAGCUGCUACCAAUAUAGUCAAUGCAUGUUCUUUUCAGGACAUUUACGAAAGAAUAGAAUUUGUAAGAAAGAAAAAAGUAAGUUGAAGCUAAUUUUAUAAACUUCUGUUUUAUGCUAUGAUCAUGUUUAUGUUUUAGAAUGCUUUGUUCUGGGCAUACUUGAUUUUUGCUAAAAACAAGGCAAAAUAAAACACUAUGGAAAAGCA